CCCGAGACAGGAAGACCUGUCAAUUCCUCCCAGUCCAAGAGCAGACCCCCUUCAAGGUAGCUGUGCUGCAUGCUGUCAAACGCAGCGACACAGGGGGAUUUAAACUCACUAUAGACUCUAUUCCAACACUUGAGCAAUUUCACAACUGAGGCAGCUGAACCAAAACCACUCUGGGCGUCUGAUCUCAGCCCUCCAUGCUCCUGCAAUCCGGCGGGUGUUAAGAUCCAUGGAAGUGGCCGGCUUCUACGACGAGGGCAGCUUUGCUUUCCACGGUAGAGACAGCAUUAUCAGUCCCAUCAGCGGCGGCUCUUACUGGAGGCUCGGCGACUCGAUGACGGAGGUGGGCAUCGAAGAGCGGGAGAGAGCGAUAGACUUCAGUGUUUACCUGGAUUCAGCUUUGCACUGUCCGCAGCUGACGGCGGCGCAGACGCAGCAGCAGGGGGACAUUUUCUCAGAUUUCCUGGCGGAGAACAAGAUAAAGAGAGUUACAGCUUUACAGAACUACAAGAACUACUCGCUGCUGAACGAGCUGGAGACGAGUCAGUGCAACAGACUGAGGGACCCCAGGGAGCCAUACGCGCUGGGUUACACUGAUCUGCAGGAGACCCGUGUGGAUAGUGUGCUCAGCCCAGAAGUGCUCGGGAACCGCUACGGAGGGGCUGCUGCUGCCGCUGCCGCUGCUGGCGCCUCUCGGGGCAAUCAGGAAGACGCUAAGAUGGAGAACGGGUCGUCUGGAUUUGACAUGAGGUCCUACCUUCAUUACCAGUCCACCAGCGGCAGUCUUGGAAACAUCUCCACUGCGUCCUCGACUUGCUCCAGCCCGCCCGGCACACCUGCCCCGUCAGGUAAAAGCAGGUCUCCAUCGCACAGCGGCAAAAUGUCCAGCGGGAAAGCAAAGAAACGCCUCGACAAAGACAGUGAAGAGUACAGGCAGAGGCGGGAGAGGAACAACCUCGCCGUGAGGAAGAGCAGAGACAAAGCCAAAAUGCGCAACUUGGAGACUCAACACAAAGUGCUGGAACUGGCUGCAGAGAAUGAUCGUUUACAAAAGCGUGUGGAGCAGCUGUCCAGAGAGCUGGCCACCUUGCGCAACCUGCUCUCUGCCACCGGACAAUGUUAGAGAUCUCCACCAGGGACUGGGCACAAAUCUCUGGGCUGCCUGUCUGUACUGAUGGGCUUCAGAGCAGCAGGUGAUCCACUGAGCGAGUUUUGAAUACGGUACGCUUCACACGUGAAGACAGCGACCACCAGUUUACAAGGACACUUUGAAUGGGACUUGAGUGGAUGCAUGGAUUGCGCAAUCAUUCACGAUUCUUCACAUGUCACCUUAGCUUUAUUCUCAGAUGUAAUUUUGGUGUAUGCAGUAUUUCUGUGCAGGUUUUACAUACAUGCGAGUGAAUAUGAGUAUCUGGAGCAAUGGUUGUCUGGGGGAAGAGUUGUGCUGCAGUGAAAUGAUGCAACUCUUUGUAAUAGUAUUGGCAAUGAAUGAAAUAAGUAAUUAUUUAAUAUUCAAAGGAGAAAUGCUUUAAUUGUACUUGAUAUUUUAUUGAAUUAAAAAGAUUUAUACUUUGUUUAAACAA